GAACAUGUCCUCCUUUGAGAUCCUGGAGAUGGACUUUGAGAUUGACAACACCAGCAGCCUGGCAGGGCCCCAGCAAAUCACCUGGCAGGUGGAAUACCCUCGAGAUGAUUCCUUGAGCGAACUGGUGGUCUCCGAGAUCUUUGUCAGCCGGACGAUGUUCGUGGGAAUCGUUCCUCUUGCCAUGGACACAGAAGUCCUCAACACGGCCAUUCUGACAGGCAAAACGGUGUCUGUACCAGUCAAGGUGGUUGCUGUGCAGGAGGAUGGGUCCGUGGUCGAUGUUUCAAACUUCACUGAGUGCAGGUCAGCUGAUGAAGACGUCAUAAAGGUUUCUGACAGCUGUGACUCCAUCUUCGUUAAUGGCAAGGAAAUGAAAAGCAAAGUGGAUACUAUUGUUAACUUCACUUACCAGCAUUUUACCACCCAAUUAGAAGUGACGGUCUGGGUUCCCAGGCUCCCGCUGCAGAUCGAGAUCUCUGACACAGAGCUCAGCCAGAUCAAAGGCUGGAGGAUACCUGUCACCUCCAACAAAAGGCCUACCCGUGACAGUGAGGAUGAAGAGGAUGAUGAGAAAAAAGGGAAAGGUUGCACCCUCCAGUAUCAGCACGCCAUGGUGCGAGUCCUCACACAGUUUGUAGCUGAAUCCUCUGAGUUUGGAGGCCACUUGACCUAUAUGCUGGGCUCUGAGUGGCAGUUUGACAUCACUGACCUUGUGGCUGAUUUCAUGAAGGUGGAAGAACCCAGGAUUGCUAAGCUUCAAGAUGGCCGAGUUCUGGUUGGUCGUGAGCAAGGCAUCACCACGGUUCAGGUUCUGUCACCUCUUUCCGAUUCCAUCCUGGCAGAGAAGACAGUGAUCGUUCUAGAUGACCGGGUAACCAUUACAGAUCUAGGCGUACAACUAGUCUCAGGCUUGUCCAUCUCCUUACAAGUCAGCAAAGGAAGCAAGAGAGCUAUCGUUUCUACCACCUCUGCAUAUGAUAUUCUUCAUACUCCGAAACAGGAAGCCAUAGUCAGUGUGUGGAUUCUGUUCAGCGAUGGGUCAGUGACACCAUUAGACAUCUAUGACUCCAAGGACUUCUCGAUCACUGUCACCUCACUGGAUGAGAUGGUAGUGUCUACACACCAAAACCUUCAGUCCAGAUGGCCUGUGGUGGUGGCAGAAGGGGAUGGGCAAGGACCUCUGAUUAAAAUUGAAAUGGUCAUCAGUGAGCCAUGCCAGAAGACUAAGCGAAAGAGCAUUCUAGCUGUUGGGAAAGGAAACGUCAAAGUGAAGUUUGGUCAAAAAGAUUCUGACCAAAAAGGAAGCACUAAUGACAUUGAUGAUACGGAUAGAGAUUUUAAAAGCCAUGCAAUCAAUUCUAUAGAGAAACCUGCUGAACAAGAGAGGACAGUACAAGAGUGGUUCAAAAACCACGAGGACAUGUCCAGUCAUGAGGACAAUGCAAACAAAAGCACAACUUUCGUAUAUCCCAUUGAUCAGGAGUCCCUGGAGGAUGGCCAGCUCCAAAAUAACCCAACUGCCUUCACAGGUUUCCCUGUGCAAGUAGAAAUACCAGGAGAAAACAAUCCCAGUGAUCUCACAUUGACUUCAAGAGGAUUAACAGAUUUGGAGAUUGGCAUGUAUGCUCUGCUGUGUGUUUUCUGCUUAGCAAUCUUGGUCUUCUUGAUAAACUGUGUGGCAUUUGCUUGGAAGUACAGGCAUAAAAGGUUUGCUGUGAGUGAGCAAGGCAAUAUCCCCCAUUCCCAUGAUUGGGUCUGGCUUGGAAAUGAGGUUGAACUGCUGGAAAACACAGUUGACAUUUCGCUCCCGUCAGAGGAGUGCACUACCAUGAUUGACAGAGGAAUGCAGUUUGAAGAAAGCAACUUUCUCCUUAAUGGGAGCUCUCAGAAGACUCUUCAUAAUCAUAUCCUCAGAUCUUCUGAGUACCUUUGUGAAAAAGAAGUUAAAAGUGAACCUAUAAAUCCUUCUGGGCCAAAGCAGAAGCGAGUAAAGUUCACUUCAUAUACAACAAUACUGCCAGAGGAUGGAGGCCCCUACACCAAUUCAAUUCUAUUUGACAGUGAUGAUAAUAUUAAAUGGGUAUGCCAAGAUAUGAAUCUUGGUGAUUCCAAGGAACUUAGGGACUAUAUGGAAAGACUGCAAGACAAUAUGUAAAACUACUUUCUUAUGUUUGUAAUCACCUUUAUGCCUUCUGUUUAUGGAUGGUGGAGCAGUCAGUCCAGUCAGCAAUAGGAACAAGACAGCUCAACUUUGGAGUUACUGAGAUGAUAACCUGAUAUCACUGAGCAGGUACAAGAGGCUGGCUGAGUUAAACCUGUUUCACCACAAACCAGGAUGUGCCCCUAAAACAGCUACCUGUAGGUGUUGGAGGUGUCACACACUAUGGCUGUUUUUGUAUACUGCCUGGUACUAGCAAAAUGCUAAUACAACUGCGCUCAGACUCAGAGGAGACUUCAUUGUCAUCUCUCAUGAUAAAUGGUAAAUCAGAAAAGAAAGGGAUACUUGUUUGCAUUGAUUUUUCUAGUUGUCGUCCUUUGUAAAGCACAGUAGACAUUUCUUGCUUACAGCCUGAAACAAGGCUUACAUUAAAAGGGAUCUGAAUGAAUCUAAUUUUAUUGCCUAUGUGCAAUGCAGCCAAGUAGUUGUCUUAUUUUUUACAGAUAUAAAAAACCCCAUGUGGUUAAUUUCUUUUCCUAUUGUUUAUGAAUAUUAUUUGACUUAGGAAACAUUAAAUAUUUGCUUUGGAGGUUUCUUUUGGUUGUACCAAAGUGUAGUAUGGUAAUAUUUAUAAUGAUUUAAGUUUUCUGUUCAUCUGCAUCAGCCCCUAGAGAUACCUCUUUCAUCACCAAUUAUCUUUCUCCUUUUCUUAUGGGUACAUGGGUCGUUAGUAUUUGAAACAUAGAAAGGUAUUAGAACUCUUACUGGGAAAGGGUUGUAUCUUCUUACAGGGAAAUGUAAAUACAAUAAUAAACCCUGGAAAAUAAAAAUCAAGGAGUAA